AUGAGGCUUCUUGCCCGCGGCUGUUGCCACGCGCUCACUUCAUCCAGGCCCCCCCAAAUUCGACGUGGGUUUUCAACAUUACACUCGGUAGAAGCUACAAAAUCUCCAUUCGAGGUAGUCAAUAUCGAAGAAUUUCGAAGAUCUUCAUUCACACAAGAAAAACCUCUCCUAUUUGGCCAGUCCUCCAACCCUGCUCAGCAGAGUUCCUUCUCGGCAUCUUCAAAAUGGUUCGCCCAAACUCAAGACGCUAACCAGAAACCCACCGCCAAAUUCACUCCCUAUAUGAACCAAUUCGCCCACCACAUGUUCCCAUACGAGUUCAUAAGUCCUCAGAUCGCCGACGAUUCUGGAGUUUUAGUGAACACAACACAACAGUUUCUUGCAUGGCUUGCGUCUGAUCCGGAUCCCAUGGGUGCAGUGCUAGCAGGCAUCGUCCACGCAGCAUCCCACCCAGAUGCCUCGGAGCCAAAGUUCUCGUCAUUCGUUGCUCCCCUGCAACUCCUUCUCAAGGCUGCGGAAUUCAACAGCCUGCACGAGAAGAAGAUCAAGCAGCUUUACAUAGCCCAGGCUCAACUCCCGGACCUACCUCUAGAACUCCAGGAAGACCUGCCUGUCCCACGCAUUGUCUUGGAAGCCGGUAAAGGCGACGUAUACAAUUCGAGCUUGUGGCUUGGGCUGGAGCCGACAUAUACCCCGCUACACCGCGAUCCGAACCCUAAUUUAUUCUGUCAACUUGUUGGCAGCAAAACAGUCCGCCUGCUACCGCCGUCAUCUGGCGAUCGGUUGUAUCGUCAGAUACAGGCUCAGCUUCAGCAGUCGGGGAGUAGUCGCAUCAGAUCGACGGAAAUGAUGGAGGGCCGCGAGAGGGUAGCAAUGAACACAGCUGUCUGGGGAUCGGAGAGCCACGCGGAUAUUACAGAGGCUCAAUUGGGCCCUGGAAAUGCUCUCUUCAUCCCCAAAGGUUGGUGGCAUAGUGUCAAGAGUAGACAUCAUGAUGGGAGGUUGAAUGCCUCCGUGAAUUGGUGGUUCAGGUAG